CUUUACCUAUUAAUAUGUUAAUCGAGCUUCUUAAAUAGUUUCGUAGUCUCAUUUGAAUAACCCUAAUAUUCAGUUCAAUGUCCCAUGCCCUACCCGCCGUCUGGAUGGUGUUCUCUGUGUAGUUCUCUCUGUUGUGGUCAGUGGGUGAUAUGGCGACGGGCCAGUUGGCUUUUGGCUGGUUUCGGUUUGACGCCUUCAGUUUAGUUAGUUGUGCGUUAGGACCUACUGAGGCCACAACAAUGUCCACUCGAUGGGGCCAGCAAGAGCAUUGUGACGGCAUUUAUCGAUUUUGUAUAUAACAACAACAACAUACAGCAGGACGAUGAGCAUGCUGGGUUUUGUCUAUCUAGUUCUCAUAUUGGGCUGGAUAUUAAUUGUGUUAUUUCUAAAGUGUAAAAAGUCAUUAGCAGCUCCAUUCCGUUUCGGCGAGAACUAUACCGAUGCCAUCAAUGAGACGGAACGUCGUCCUUCAGUUCAUGUUAUUCAAUUGCAAAGUGAUGAUGUUGAACGUGAAGAUCAUUAUAUGAAUCAUUUUCAUCGGCAUACGGAUAAUUUGCAAAGAUAUUCACAUCGCUCGACUCUGGAAGAGCGUACCAUAGAGCGUACAUAUCCCACAGAUGCAGUGAUUAAUCCUGCCUAUACCCAUGACGAGGAUUAUGUGAUUAAUGCUCCGCCUCCAUCGUAUGAGGAGGUAAUGCGUCAGCCUCAGGUCUAUCCGCAGGUCAGACAGAAUAAUCCCAAAAUAAGCGACAUUAAUAUCUAACAAUAAGAUUUGAAAUGGUUAAUCUAUCGCAUUUUGUGUAUAUAGUAUUAAUAUAUAUGUGUAUUUUUGGUUACAUGCAUAUUCUCUCUUAUUUAUUUUCGCUCCUACAGAAAACAAAUCAAUUCAAUUGAUUUGAAACAAAUAUUUUUCUUUUUCAAUUUGCCCUAAGCGAGUAACAUAUAAUAUAUUAAAUACAUCACAUACUAUCUCUCCCCUUAG